CAUUUAUUUUCUUUUUGAUUCAAAUGGGUUUUUGAGUUUGAAUUUGAAGGGAAAGGAGGAAUUCAUAGCCAGGCGGUGAAUUUAAGAGAGGAAAAGGCAAAGGAUUGAGGGUUAACAAAAAAAUUGGGUGUCUAGACUGGGCAUAGAUACUAGCAUGGCAUGUGGGAAUCCAUUUUUUGAUGACUUGCGGAGCAAGCCUGAGGUUAUUGAUCCUCCACAAGAUGAAGAGAUUAUGGAUAGUGAAUCUGUGAAUGAUCCUACUCAAGCUGCUAUAAAACCUAAUGUGACUGUGUCGAGCAGUGUUCGUGAGCUGUUGGAGUGCCCUGUUUGCUUAAAUGCAAUGUACCCACCAAUUCAUCAGUGUUCAAAUGGACACACAUUGUGUUCUGGUUGCAAGCCGAGGGUUCACAACAGGUGCCCCACAUGCAGGCAUGAACUUGGUAAUAUUAGGUGUCUUGCAUUGGAGAAGGUGGCUGCAUCUCUUGAACUUCCCUGUAAAUAUCAGAGUUUUGGGUGCAUUGGCAUAUAUCCAUAUUACAGCAAGCUAAAACAUGAGUCCCAAUGUUCUUAUAGACCAUAUAGCUGCCCCUAUGCUGGGUCAGAAUGCAUGGUUAUUGGUGAUAUCCCUCAUCUUGUGGCCCAUCUGAAAGAUGAUCACAAAGUUGACAUGCACAAUGGCAGCACCUUCAACCAUCGUUAUGUCAAAUCAAAUCCACAUGAGGUUGAGAAUGCUACAUGGAUGCUAACGGUUUUCAGUUGCUUUGGUCAGUACUUUUGCCUGCACUUUGAAGCCUUCCAGCUUGGGAUGGCUCCUGUUUAUAUUGCAUUCUUGCGGUUUAUGGGUGACGAUAAUGAGGCAAAGAACUAUAACUACAGUCUUGAGGUGGGUGGGAAUGGGAGGAAGAUGAUUUGGCAAGGGGUGCCCAGGAGCAUAAGGGACAGUCACCGAAAGGUUCGUGACAGUUUUGAUGGUCUUAUAAUCCAACGCAAUAUGGCUUUGUUCUUCUCAGGGGGAGACCGGAAAGAAUUGAAGCUUAGAGUGACAGGAAGGAUAUGGAAAGAGCAGUGAUGGGAUUGUCCUUGUAGUUUUCCCUGAGUCUUUUUUUUUUUGUGAUAGCUAGUAGAUUAGUGUGUUUUGGUAGUUUUAAGGGUCUUCUGGUCGUGUAUUUUUUGGUUUGUAGGGGGCAAACUCUCUUUGCUUACCCAUGCAUCAAAUACAUGAAUGGGAAGAUGAAACUUUUAUGCCUACAAAUCUAGUAUCUAUCUAUCUAUAGUCAUUUUAGAUGGUCAUAUAUGAUUUGUAAGUAAAGUAUUGGAUUCUUAAUUUUACUAGCUGAAGUUGAAUC